AUGUUUGCUAAAGACAUUGAUUCACGAGUAAAGUUUAGUAACCCGCAAACUCCCACAUUGGAAGACCACCGCAUCGAACCAUCUCAGGCCUGCCAACACCAAGAUGAUAGGUCUCUAUUGCCCAUAGCUCGAACCGGCAGUCACCGGGCAAGCGCGCAAACAACUCCCUUCGGGCAGCCACCCAGUUGGAAGGAGAUGGUCUCGAAUGAGCACCCACAGACCCAAGAUUAUGGGACGGAUGAUGGGUUGAUCAUAUUUGCAAAUCCUCUCCCGGUGCCAACCAAGAAAGUCUUUGAAAUGAUGGCCAAUUAUUGUACAUUAGAUGCAGAAUACCGCGCCUUUGCGCUGUCCCAAUCUGAGGUGUUUGGCAAGAAUAACCGACAUCUCGCAGGAGCAACCACCCAGUCAUUGACUUUGAUGGAGAUAUUGCGGCUCCAAACCAAGAUGGAUUUGCUCACGGGACAAGUAGCAACGUUGUCCCUCAUGGGUGUGAUUAACUCCAUGGCACUUAAAUUACUGUUUUCUCCGCUACUGGACUCGUAUACUGCGCUUGAAACAACUCCAGAAGGUUACCUCCCCAAUUUGCUGUUUAAUACACUCAAGCUUUUGGUGGGUAUCCAUGACCCUAAAACCAAGGAGCUUGUUACCAUCCCCGUUCCGACCAUCAAAAACCUGGUACAACGAGUUGCUGUUAGAUGUGGUGAGGCUAAGGAUAAUGCCCAAGUUGAAGAGGUGUGGGCCAAAACGGAUCAUGCCAUGCGGGCACGUAUUGCUUACCUGCUGAUUCUGGACGAGGAUUGCCAGCUUUUUGACGGGAAGACCUGGUUUAAAACUCUGAAAGCGGAGAAGAUUGCACGAAACAAGGGGCUCGAUUUGCCUUCCGAGGCGGACAUCAUUGCAUGA